AUCUUUUAGUUAUAGGUUAUCGCAAUCCGAGAUAUUGGUAUUAUAUUCUGAACUUUAGACGUUCUUCUUACAGUCGCAGACCGUUGCUUUAUGCUGUGAAGAUGAUUUCAAAAAUCUGCUUCGUGCUUUUGUUGGCACUUCCUGCUAGUUUUGCUGAGGACAAAUGUCCAAACAUUAUCAGUAGAACUCAGUGGACCAGUGUCCCCGCUGGAGAUGUCAAUUAUUUAAUAGUACCAAUACCUUACGUGAUAAUACAGCAUACGACCACCGACAAAUGUAAUACGCGCGAGACAUGUACAGCUCGAGUUGACAGCAUUCGUGGAUACCAUAUGGAUACACUCGGCUGGGAUGACAUUGGUUACUCAUUCUUGAUUGGCGAUGAUGGAAACGUAUACGAAGGAUGCGGAUGGACCCGCGAAGGAGCACACACGUACGGAUAUAAUAAAAAGUCUAUCGGUAUAGCUUUCAUUGGAAAUUUUCAGAACAAAGAAGCUAGUCAGAACAUGUUAGACACCGCACACCAAUUAAUUAAAUGUGGAAAAUCCCAACAUAUCCUUCGAAACAAUGUACGCGUGCUUGGUGCACGACAGGUGACCGCAACAGCUAGUCCUGGAAAUCAACUCUACGCCCAGAUCCAAAAUUGGCCUGAAUGGAGUAGCGAACCUUAGACGAGAAGUGGAUGUUUUCGAUAUAAUAAAGAUAUUUAUGCAAAGGAAGCACGUUUUUCGCAAUAUUGCGGGACAGUUGGUAACAUGGCCAUAAAUGGGCAAUUUUUGGGGUAGGGGAUAUUGCCAUCCGUGGACGGCAAAAUGAACAAAAUCAAUAUCUCGUAUGGUUCCACAUGCGCACUUUUGUCACGUGACUCCGCGCCUUCUCUGAUUAAGAAGUUUCGCCCUUGACCAGAGGGCUUCGCCGCCUGGACCAUCGCGGGGGGGAGGGCUCCGCCCCCCCUCCCCAUAGACCCCCUCUUGCCACGCAACAUAGUUGGAGAUGUUGCAAUACUCUUCUGCAAUGUGACGCAUAAAGCGCGUACUUCCUUUGCAUAAAAUACCGUAUGCACCGUGAAGUCGAGCGCGUUCUCAACUUCGGACGUUGUUUUCAGUCGAGAACGGCAAAGCUCGGCUCUGGGGUACAUAAUGUACUAUUGUUGAAGAUUGUACAUGAAUUGAUCAGCUUGUGUAUACGUACACAAUUCAAAAAAAUUCAAAUAAACUACUUUAUUCCUUA